CUCUGCUGCUCAUAGCCAAGGCAAAGGCAGCAUAGCACUACCAACUCUGAGCCACUCAAUCUCCUCACCUGAAGCACCGAGACAGCAUUCGAGUCUGGGCUUGGCACGUCCCACACCUGCGUUUCGGGGGAGCCAGCAAGGGAGAGCUCCGACACAAGCAGAGAGAGACGGUGAGCGAAGGUCCGUGCUGGGGUCUGAAGCGCCUCCGCCCGCAGGACCUUUCAGCCGCUUUGUCUUUGGAACCAACUACGCGGCAGCUGUUCUGAGAGGGACAUUAACAGGGGAGUAAAAACCUGAAUGGAUCCCACUCAGUCUUCUCCCCCCUUCCCUGGAGGCUCUGCGUACGGAAAAAACAAAACAUGUUCUACAGAUUCUGGUGGCUUUUGUGGAUACUAGGACAGCAUGUGUUUUGGGCACAAAAUCUCAAUGAAGACAAAAGAAAUGGAGUAAGACAACAAAAAUCUAAGCACUUUCUGUCAAAUGCUGUAGAAAAAUAUCCCAGUCCAAGUGAUCAAGAUGAAGAUUGCGUUCUUGAAAUAGCUUUUCUACUGGACAGUUCAGAAAGUGCUAAGAACUAUAAUCACGAACAACAGAAAAAAUUUGUAUUAGAAACAGUGAACAGUAUGAAAGAAGUGCAAGUCAAUUCUGGACGUACUCUCAGCUGGAGGAUGGCCUUACUUCAGUACAGUAGCACUGUUCUCAUGGAGCAAACUUUCCGAGACUGGAAAGGUCCUGAAGCUUUCAAAUCUCGCAUUGCUCCCAUAACCUAUAUAGGCCAUGGUACCUACACAACAUAUGCCAUAACCAAUCUCACACAACUGUACAUGACUGAAGGGACUUAUGGCAGUGUGAAAGCAGCUGUGCUCUUGACAAAUGGAGUGGAUCAUCCAAGAAAUCCAGAUAUUUUUGCAGCUACUGCUGAUGCUAAACAUCAAGGAAUUGUGUUCUUCACAGUGGGAAUGACCAGAGUGGCUGAGGAGGUGGCCAAUGCUGCCAAGCUUCGACUUCUGGCCAGUGUCCCAGCAUCAAGGUUUGUUUUCAACCUCCAGGAGAAAGGAGUUGUGGAGAAAAUUGUGAAAGAAAUGAAAGAUCUGGCUGAAGAAGGGUGUCCCCAAGCUCCUACAUGUAACUGUGAGAAAGGGGAAAGAGGCCUUCCUGGCCCUGCCGGAAAAAAGGGUCGUCCAGGUGAUGAUGGGGGUCCUGGCCAGAAAGGAGUAAAGGGGGAGGCAGGUCUCAAUGGAAUUCCAGGAAAAGAUGGAACAGAGGGAAAAUCUGGCUACAAAGGAGAAAAGGGGGAAAGAGGUGACUGUGGCACUCCAGGGAUAAAAGGUGACAGAGGUCCAGAAGGUCCAGUUGGUCACACAGGAUUAAGAGGUCUACAGGGUUCCCAAGGGCUACCCGGAGACCAAGGGCCUGAAGGUGUGCAAGGAUCAAAGGGUGAAAGAGGCCUCCCUGGGCCCCCUGGAUUGACUGGAGAAACUGGAAUAGGAUUGCCUGGCCCAAAGGGUGACAUUGGCUUGACAGGAAGACCAGGCCCUGUUGGCCCACCUGGAGCUGGUGAGCCAGGACUACCGGGGCCUCAAGGACCUCAAGGGAUUCAAGGAGAAAGAGGGUCACCAGGUGAAGGGCUUCCAGGACCAAAGGGAGAGCGUGGUUUUGAUGGUCCAAAAGGACCUCGUGGCCAGCCGGGCACUGGCAUAAAAGGUGAAAAGGGUGAAAUUGGCCCACCUGGUUUACCUGGGCCUAUUGGGUUAUCUGGCAUUGGGAUUCAAGGAGAAAAGGGGGUAGAAGGCCCAAAAGGACCGCCUGGUCCAAGAGGGCCACCUGGACAAGGGCUACCUGGAUCAAAGGGAGAACAAGGCUUGCCAGGAGAAACUGGAGCUCCGGGAGAAAGAGGUCCUGGGGAACCUGGUUCAAAGGGUGAGCCAGGUUCUUCAGGACUGGCAGGUCUGCCUGGUCUUCCAGGGGAAGAUGGAGCCCCAGGACAAAAGGGGGAGCCAGGAGUACCUGGCCUUCGAGGUCCCGAGGGUGCUCCAGGGAUUGGAAUACAGGGUGAGAAGGGUGAUCAAGGUCAGAGAGGUGUACGUGGAUUAUCGGGACCAACAGGAGUACCUGGACCUGCCGGUGCUAAAGGCGAACCUGGUGGGCCAGGACGUCUUGGAAUGCCAGGCCUUCCUGGUCGAGCUAUUCCAGGACCAAAGGGUGACAUUGGGUUACCUGGUCCUGCUGGCCCAGUUGGAGAACCAGGAGUUGGGAUUCCUGGCGCAAAGGGUGACCGUGGUCAUCCAGGACCACUUGGACCAUUUGGGCCAAAGGGAGAUGGUUAUCCAGGCCCACCUGGACUUCCCGGUCUUCCAGGAGCUCCUGGUGAACAAGGCCCCGAAGGAUUUGGAUUACCAGGACCUAAGGGUGAUCCAGGUGUUAGAGGACCAGUUGGUCUCCCAGGUCCACCAGGAGAAGGCCUUCCAGGACCAAAAGGAAAUGUAGGACGGCAAGGGUCCCCAGGCCCCCUGGGACCUCCAGGUGAAGGUAUUCAGGGAUCUAAGGGUGAGCAAGGAAUUCAAGGAAUGCCAGGACCUCGGGGGCCUCCUGGGGAAGGACUACUUGGACCAAAGGGUGAUCGCGGUGCUGCAGGUGAAAGGGGAAGAAAAGGAGAAAAAGGCAACAUGGGUGAUCCUGGUUUGUCCGGAGAACCUGGCAGUACUGGACCCAAGGGAGAGCAAGGCCUAACAAGAGAAGAUAUAAUUAAAUUAAUUAAAGAGAUAUGUGGCUGUGGUAUUAAAUGUAAGGAAAUACCUAUGGAACUUGUGUUUGUGAUUGACAGCUCUGAAAGUGUGGGACCAGAAAAUUUUGAGAUAAUUAAAGACUUUGUCACUGCUUUAGUAGAUAGAGUAACUGUAGGCAGAAAUGCUACCAGAAUUGGUCUUGUACUCUACAGUUUAGAGGUUCGGCUAGAAUUUGGACUUAACAGGUACACAACCCAACAAGAUGUGAAACAAGCAAUUAGAAAAAUGCUGUAUAUGGGGGAAGGUACAUAUACAGCAACUGCUAUCCGCAAAACAACACAGGAAGGAUUUUUUGGUGCUCGAACUGGUGUGCGAAAAGUAGCUAUAGUAUUAACAGAUGGACAGGCAGAUAAGAGAGAGGCUAUUAAACUGGAUAUCGCUGUCCGAGAGGCCCACGCAACCAACAUUGAAAUGUAUGCAAUAGGAAUUGUAAAUACUUCAGAUCCAACACAAGUUGAAUUCUUGCGUGAACUAAAUCUGAUUGCAUCAGAUCCUGACAGAGAACAUAUGUAUCUCAUUGAUGAUUUUAAUACUCUUCCAGCUUUGGAGUCCAAAUUAGUAAACCAGUUUUGUGAAGAUGAGCAUGGUGCCUUAAUAUAUAAUCAUAUUGGAAAUGGUGCAAGCAUAAGUGGACCAUCUAUCCAUUCACUGUCUUCCAGUUCUUCACAUUACUUACUUCACAGCAUCAACAAUGUUAAUGGACAAUCAGUUUCAUCAGACAGUCAUGGAACAUCUGUGAAAGAAAGAAAGCUUUCUCAACCAUUAGUUCCGACCAAAGAAUCAUCUGUGGCAGUUUAUGAAGACGGGCAGCCAUCCUUGCCCUCAGUGAACACCAGAGUAGUGGUAUCAUCACUGCCAUCAUCACCGCCAGACAAAAUGCUGUCACCAUCUCUUUCAUCAGCUUCCUCUGUGUUGCUUACACCCAGACCAGAAAAUAUCCUGGAUCCACGAUGUAAAUUGAGAUUAGAUCAAGGGUCAUGUCGUGUGUAUAUAAUAAAAUGGUACUAUGAUAAACAAGCUAAUGCCUGUGCUCAGUUUUGGUAUGGCGGUUGUGAUGGAAAUGCAAAUCGCUUUGACGUUGAAGAUGAAUGUAAAAAGGCCUGUGUAUUUCAUUCUGGAGAAGACUAAAGUUUGAUUUGAAUUCUGCAACAAAGACGACUUCUUUUUUUUUAGUAAAAACUGAAAGCUUUACACAAGUGCUGUUUUUACACUUGUAAAGUAUUUUGAUAUAAUACUUAAAUAGAUCACUGUAUAUCAACUUACAAUUUGAAAGCAAAUACUACUCAGGGGUUAUCACUAUGUCUGUCAACCUGCUAUCUACCAAUAUUAGAGCUUCAAGGAGAAGGAGCAAUAUUUUAAGAGGAAGUGGCAUAGAGGAUUCUUGGGUUAUUUUCCUAGCUCUACCAAUUAACAGUUCCAUGAUCUUGGGAAAGUCACAUAUGUCCUCUGUGUUUCAAUCCACCCAUUUGUAAAAUGUAAGACUGUUGUAUUGCUCCCUUAUGGGGAGGGUCUGAGGCAUAAGUAAUUUAGGUUUACAAAGUACUUUAAGAUCACUAUGAAAGUCACUGUAUACAUGCAUAAUAUUAUACUUGUAACUAUUCAAAAAACAUAGUACUUCUGAUGUAAAGACUUUCUUUAGUUUCCAUUGGCUAGUAAGAAACAAGAUGAAUCUAUUUAAUAAUGCCUACAAACAUAUGUGACUGAUUAUAACAGUAACUGGCAUUGCUAAAAUAGAUCAAUUCAGUCCUAAAGUAGUUUUUAUUUUUAAAGUAUUGUUUUUCUGAAAGCAGUGUUUGAUUUUUAAAUGCAUUUUAAUAUUCUAACCUCAACAUUUUUUUAAAACUCAUUUAACUUGCGUUCAGAAGAACAACUGCAGCAUAGGCCUGACAAUAACAAGCCAUUCUGCAUUCCUGUUUAAGUCACUGCCCAUGUGCAUUGCUGCGUUUAUGUGCAUGCAUAACAGUAUAUGAUGUAUUUUUUAUGAAUCAAAUUCUAUACUACAAAGCUUGUUUGUAAUAAAAUUAUUUUGUUUUUACUGCCA